AUGUCUCCCAACAUGACUUCGAAGAAGACCUCUAGCAAGGCUUCAAACACUACUUCCAAUGAGGCCUCAAGCAACGCCACCAGCAAGACCCCCAACAACACCUCCGACAAGACCCCCAGCAAGGUCUCUACGAAAGCUUCUAGCAAACCCUCCGACAAGACCGCCACCAAAGCCUCCAGCAACACCAGUUCCUCCGCGUCAGCUUCCCCAAAGGCCAAAGGCACAAAGCGAAAGGGACCCAAUGAUCUUGCGUCUACCCCUCAGCCACCAGCCAAAAGGGCCAAGGUCAUUGCUUCCAACGAGCCUUUGAAUGCCAAAGCCACCAAGCGCAAGGAACGUGUGGAGCCCACCACCUCCCUUGAGCCGCCAUUCAAGAAGACCAAAGUCAAUCCCCCCACCAAGUCUUCGAAUACGGCGCGCCCCGUCCAAGCCAACUGUCCAUUCUCUGAUGCCUUCUUCGAGAAUAUGGCAACAGUCAUCGUGCACGGCUUUCCUAUUAUCGACUUUGCCAUACGGCAUCAGUGCAGCUUCGACGACGUGGCCGACGCCCUCAGUGCGGUGGUGAUGCAACCCCUCUGCAGCCCUGGAGAGACCGGCCUGUCUGCCUCUGAAAGGGCCCGGAUUCUCAUUGCGGACUGGCGUGAGGAUCAAGCCCAGGCUGUGGUCAAGACCUCCAUCCUACGAAGCCCGCCCGCGACCCCACCCGAGCCAAAAGAUGAAGAUGAGGACUUAGAGCCUGUUGCCAACGACCGAGUCGAGCUUCCUCCCCGCCGGAUCAAUGGUCGGUCGGUUCCAAAGGGAUUUCAGAUCUAUGGUGAGCCCGAGUCUCCUGAUCCAAUGCCAGUGAGUCAGCUCGACGCCAUGACGGACGCGGAAUUCGAGCAGGCUGUGUCGCGCGGCUUGUUCCGGGAAUUGUUCCAGGAGGACGACGAGCGAAACCAGGUUGCCUGUACGAGGCCUGGUACAAUUCGUACUCGACCGAAGAGGUGA